AUGCUGUGCUGCCUGCUGCUCCUUGCGCUGCUGCUGGGGGCUGCCCUCCCACAGCCAGUGCACCAGAGGGGCAGCUACUCAGUUCCCGAGGAUUUCUCUGCUCCCCUGGAGCUUCCACAGAAGCACUUCGGCCUGGUGGAUGGUACAGUGCUCUCCUCGCCCCUCCGAGCCCCCUUUCCAUGCACUCACCCCCCCAGGUGGGUGGUUGUCCCAGAGCUGAGCCCAGCCCCUGCUGUGCCCGCAGAUUACGGCAUCAAACCCAAGCAGCCUAGCUUCAGGACGCAGGCGGCCCCGGAGCGGGCGGCGGAGCUGCGCAGAGCUCGCAAAAGCAAGCGCGAUGGGCUGGACUUGCUGGAGUACUACGAAGACGGGCACCUGUGA